CUGGCAGCCCUUCUGGUGUCCAACAUGCUCCUGACAAAAGAAGGAGUGACUUCCUUACCAAUCUGCCCCAAUGGAUCUGUCAAUUGCCAAGUUUCCCUCGAGGAACUUUUUGACCGAGCAGUUAAACUCUCACACUACAUACAUUUCCUCUCUUCAGAAAUGUUCAAUGAAUUUGAUGAACGCUAUGCUCAGGGCAGAGGUUUUAUUACAAAAGCUGUUAAUGGCUGCCACACUUCCUCCUUAACCACCCCUGAAGAUAAGGAGCAGGCUCAGCAGAUUCAUCAUGAAGACCUGCUGAAUUUAAUACUGGGAGUGCUGCGCUCCUGGAAUGAUCCCCUGAUCCAUCUGGCCUCUGAAGUACAAAGAAUCAAAGAAGCUCCAGAUACUAUCCUCUGGAAGGCUGUAGAGAUUGAAGAGCAAAACAAGCGGCUUCUAGAAGGAAUGGAGAAAAUAGUAGGGAGGGUUCAUUCUGGUGAGAUUGGAAAUGAAAUUUACUCUCCAUGGGAAGGCCUUCCUUCUCUGCAACUCGAUGAUGAGGACUCCAGACUCUUUGCCUUUUACAACCUGUUGCAUUGCCUCCGCCGAGAUUCCCACAAAAUCGACAACUAUCUCAAAGUUCUGAAGUGCCGCCUAAUCCAUGAUAGCAAUUGUUAA